AUGGAGUAUGAGGGGUACAGCGACAUGGUGAGGAAGGUGGCCGACCACCUGGACCUGCCCCUCAGCGACGAGGUCCGGAGGUGCGCGGCCAGCCACGACCCCAGCCGCCGCGGUGGCUUGGGCACCUCAGCCAGGGGGCCAAGGAGCGACCAGAGAUGUCUAAGCUCAGGGACAUCAUCGCCCGCCACGACGAGGAUUGGUUCGGGGGCAGGUUUGGCUCGUCGCCUCUUGCGACCCUCUGCAGUGCGACGGGGAUGGUGGGCCGUAUGGCGGCGGCCGCGCACGCGUUUGACGACGAGGAGGACUGGCUGGAGGGGUACGGGUGA